GAAAUAUUCUGGAAUUGAUAUUCCUUUUGGCUUCUGGAACAAAAUUCAGCCCACUUCAUCUUCUCGACCAAAAGAAUGGCUUCACUGGCUGUUGUCGAGCACAGAAAUCAGGAUGCGACAGUUUACGUUGGGAACCUUGACCAAGCUUGUUCGGAGGAGCUCCUAACGGAACUCUUUAGUCAAGUCGGACGAGUGGCCUCAGUUUACAUGCCCAAGGAUAAGCUUUCGGGGCAACACAAUGGCUAUGGUUUUGUGGAAUAUCUCGACGCCGUUGAUGCCGAUUACGCCAUGACUAUUUUGCACAUGAUGAAGCUAUUCGGAAGGCCUGUUCGAGUGAGUAAAUCGUCACUGAAUGAUGAAGAGGGCCGUCACAGUCGCGAUAUCGGUGCAAACUUAUUCAUCGGAAACGUGGAUCCAAUUGAUGUGAACGAGCAGCUACUGUAUGAAACGUUCACUGCAUUUGGAACUUUGGUUCGAACGCCUAACAUCGCCCGAGACGAAGCCACUCAGCAAUCAAAAGGUUUUGCGUUUUUGUCGUACGAUUCGUUCCAAGCCGCCGACAUGGCAAUCGAGUUAAUGAACGGACAGUAUCUUGGAAAUCGACAGAUUCAAGUAAACUAUGCGUGGAAAAAAGACGCCAACGGAAAUAUUACCAACGAGCGGCACGGGAGUCGAGCAGAGCGCAUGUUGGCGGAAGCGAAACGGGCAAAUCAGCAGCUGGGGCCGUCAGGACCGACAUUAUUUCGACCGAACUCCACCUUUGCGUCUACUGGUCAGCAAUCAACCGGAUCCUUUCUACCACCGCCUCCGCCACCUCCGUUAUCAAGUAUGCCUCCGCCCCCGCCCCCUCUCCCUCCUUUGGCAGGAUCUGCAAUUCCUCCACCACCACCGCCUCCUCCUCCACUUCCGCAAACUGCUGCCGGUGUUCCACCGCCACCUCCGCCACCCAUUGUUAAAACUCUCCCACCACCGCCACCACCACCCCCCAUCACGGAAACGCUCCCACCGCCGUCACACGGGGCGUUCCUGCCACCUCCUCCUCCUCCGCCACCAAGCUUUUAG